UAUAUUUCAGGCAGCAUCCAAAUUCCAAAAUUCGAAAUGGACAAAUGUCAAAUGGAGAUUUGGAAGGCCGGAGGGCGCGAGUGAGGAGCGCGCAACUCCGAAAAUUUCGCUUAAUUUUCCCUCCCAAUUCCAGCUCACUAUGGUAAAUGUACGCGCCAUUGGAGAGAGUGGGAAAGCCAUGAUCUAGGAUGAAAGACGUACAAAAUCAAUUCAAGCGUGAAGAAGAAGACGACAGGGACAGGGACGGGGCAAAUGUGCACGCCAAGCCGUACUCAACUAUAUCCAUUCUCGGCUGCUGUUAACAGCGACUGCACACACUCUAUCGUUGCACAAGAAAGAAAACCCAGCAAAAAAUUUUGAUCGUUGUCUCAGGUCAAAAUCCAUGGCGUUUCCCUUGUUGUUCCUCCUCUUCUGCACAUUCUGUUCAUCGCCCUCAGCCAUCUACUCCACCUUCAUCCCAUAUAACACUUCUGCUUCCGUCGUAUCCGGCAAAAUCAACGUCCAUUUCGUCCCUCACUCCCACGACGAUGUUGGUUGGUUGAAGACUGUUGACCAAUACUACUUCGGCGGCAAUAAUUCUAUCCGGGGUGCUUGCGUUCAGAAUGUAUUGGACUCUGUUAUGUCCUCUUUGUUCGAGGACAAGAAUCGCAAGUUCAUCUAUGUGGAGAUGGCGUUCUUUCAGAGAUGGUGGCGGCAGCAAAGCAGUGGAAUGAAGGAAAGGGUCAAAGGGCUUGUCAACUCUGGUCAACUUGAAUUCAUAAAUGGAGGUAUGUGUAUGCAUGAUGAGGCUACUCCACACUACAUUGACCUUAUCGAUCAGACGACUCUGGGUCAUAAGUUUAUCAAAGAUGAAUUUGGUCAGAUUCCCAGAGUUGGUUGGCAGAUUGACCCAUUUGGACAUUCUGCUGUCCAAGCUUAUUUGCUUGGUGCUGAGUUUGGAUUCGACUCUCUAUUCUUUGCUAGAAUUGAUUACCAAGACAGAGCCAAGCGAUUACAGGAUAAGACUCUUGAGGUUGUAUGGCGGGGUUCUCAGUCCCUUGGCUCAACUUCACAGAUAUUCACUGGUAUAUUUCCUCGACACUAUGAUCCGCCUGAUGGAUUCACAUUUGAAAUUAAUGACGUAUCGCCUCCUAUUCAGGACGAUGUGCUACUAUUCGACUAUAAUGUCCAAGAGCGAGUAAGUGACUUUGUGGCUGCUGCACUGGCUCAGGCCAAUGUAACACGAACGAAUCAUAUAAUGUGGUUAAUGGGAACUGAUUUUCGUUAUCAGUAUGCAAAUUCGUGGUAUCGACAGAUGGACAAGUUCAUCCAUUAUGUGAACCAGGAUGGCCGUGUAAAUGUUCUGUACUCAACUCCAUCGAUGUAUACUGAUGCCAAACAUGCGGCAAAUGAAGAAUGGCCUUUAAAAACUGGAGAUUUUUUUCCGUAUGCAGAUCACCAAAAUGCCUACUGGACAGGUUAUUUCACGAGUAGGCCAGCAUUUAAAGGCUUUGUCAGAACAAUGAGUGGUUAUUACCUUGCUGCUAGGCAGCUGGAGUUCUUUAGAGGCAGGAGUGGUGUGGCAUCCAAACUUGGGGUGCUUGCAGAUGCCUUGGCAAUUGCACAACAUCAUGAUGCUGUUAGUGGAACACAGAGGCAGCAUGUUGCUGCUGAUUAUGCUUUGCGAAUUUCAAUUGGUUACAAGGAGGCUGAGAAGUUAGUUGCCUCUUCUCUUGGUUUCCUGACAGAGUCAAGAUCAAGUACAAGACAGGGGAGCAUUUCCACGGAACUUGAGCAGUGUCCUUUACUUAACAUAAGCUAUUGUCCUCCUACAGAAUCCAUAUCGUCUGAUGAGCAGAGCUUGGUUGUUGUGGCUUAUAAUCCUCUAGGAUGGAAAAGGGAGGAAGUGAUUCGGAUUCCGGUUAGUAUUUCAUUAAACUAUGACCGUCCCUCAUUGGUUGUCCGGGAAUUCCAUUAUCAAGAAGUGUAUCCACAGCUUCUUGUACCAAUUUCUCAAUGGUGGCACCAAACUUCGAACCAAGGACGAGUUAUAUAUUAUCAUCUAUCGUCACUCGAGCAUAAAUAUAUUUCUCGUGCCAACCCCACGCUAGCGUAUAACUAAUGUGAAAGUUGUUUUGUGUAAUUGGAAAGGCCCACAGGUUCAUUAAUGGCUGACCUGGUGUAUAAAAAAUGUGGCACAGGUUUCUUCUGAGAAUGUAGAAGUUCGCGAUUCUAAUGGGAUACAAAUUGAAUCUCAGCUAGUCCCACUCUUGAAUGCAACUUCGAGAGUAAGGACUAUAUAUGCCAAAGCAUAUACGGGCCAUUUCCCAAGUGAAAUGCCAAAAUAUUGGCUUGCAUUUUCAGCAUCUCUGCCACCCCUUGGUUUCAACACUUACUUUGUCUCAGUAGCUAAUCAGACAGGCUCUAGUUCAAUCCUCUCACUGGUGCACACUGCAGAGAACACGAAAGCUAGAACUGUUGAAGUUGGCCCAGGAAAUUUGAAGUUACGUUUCUCUGUAGACAGUGGGGAGCUUACUCAUUUUAUCAAUGGGAGAAGUCUGGUUGCUACCUCUGUUGAACAAUCGUACGGCUAUUACACUGGAAAUGAUGGUACUAAUAAAGAUCCACAGGCUUCUGGGGCAUAUGUUUUCCGGCCAAAUGGGACAUUCACAGUAAAGAAUUUGGGUCAGGUUCCUUCAACAUUUUUGAGGGGCCCGUUGCUGGAUGAAGUACAUCAGCAGCUGAAUCCUUGGAUAUCUCAGGUCACUAGGGUGUACAAAGGGAAGGAGCACGCUGAAAUUGAAUUUGUUAUUGGGCCUAUACCUUUGGAUGAUGGGACUGGGAAAGAAAUAACAACUCAAAUCAAAACCACCAUGAAAACCAACAAGACAUUUUACACAGACUCAAACGGACGCGACUUCAUUAAAAGGGUCCGAGAUCAGAGGACAGACUGGGACCUCGAAGUGAAUCAACCUGUUGCCGGAAAUUAUUAUCCUGUUAACCUUGGAAUAUAUGUAGAAGAUGAUACUACAGAGCUGUCAGUAUUGGUGGAUCGGUCAGUUGGAGGCUCUAGUCUUGUGGAUGGUCAAAUAGAACUAAUGCUACAUAGGAGAAUGCUUCAUGAUGAUAUGAGAGGCGUUGGGGAGGUGUUAAAUGAGAUUGUUUGUGUCCUCGAUGAAUGUGAAGGUUUAACUAUCGUAGGUAAGAUGUUCCUCAGAGUUGAUCAGUUGGGUGAAGGUGCCAAGUGGCGCCGCACUGUUGGCCAAGAAAUAUAUUCUCCAGUUUUAGUAGCAUUCACAAAGCAGGAUGCAAGCAAAUGGAUGGAGUCCCAUGUAAAUUCAUUUUCAGGAGUUGAUCCAUCCUAUUCUUUGCCCAAUAAUGUUGCUGUGAUAACCCUACAGGAACUCAAAGUUGGGGAAGUUCUCCUCCGUUUGGCUCACUUAUAUGAGAUUGGAGAAGACAAGGACUACUCUGGAAUGGCAAGGGUGGAACUGAAAAUGCUUUUCCCGAAUAAAAAGAUUGGUAAGGUGACAGAGCUGAGUCUGUCGGCCAAUCAAAAGAGGAGCGAGUUGGAGAAGAGAAGGCUAGUCUGGAAAGUAGCUGCAAAGGAAGAAGAAUCCAAAGUGGUGAGGGGAGGAGCAGUUGAUCCUGACAACCUUGUGGUGGAACUUGCCCCCAUGGAAAUCCGCACUUUCUUCCUAAAUUUCGACUCUCCUCAAAUCUAUGUUUCUUGAAAAUUGCAAGGAAAGAGAGGUUAGCAUGCUCGUGAUAGAAACUGAAUAUGGUGAAUGAUACAAAAUUUCUCGCCUCCCUGUGUGUAGUGUAUGGUGCAGCGGUCCUUUCCUUUGAUAGCAAGACAGAAGUUGGCUCUAGCCUUUUCUUGUAGGCUUUGCCGAUGUGGUGGCGUUGUAAUUAUGUAUUGUAGUGUUUUCUUACCUUGAAGACUUCUAACGUACAUUGUGUGAGAAAAGGCCGAGUCCUGACGACUGACGAGUUUGGUCAUUUUAGUAGUGGCUUCUCUAAUGAGUUGUGCGUCAUGAACAGAUUGGCCAACUCACACCAAACAGGGUUAAGGUUAUGGGUCAUAAUUCAUAAACUCAACUCACAGGUCAUACAAGUUGAAGUGUGGUUCAAUUUCUAUGCUAAUGCUAGGUAAUGUCGUUCGAAAUUUGCUACUUGAAUCAAGUAUAAGUUGGGCAAUAGAGUAUUUGACAUAAUUCUGAGUUGACAGCAAGAACAAGUACAUGAUGUUAUUGCUAAGAGUGCAACCGAUAUGCUUGAGCUAGACGGCCACAGCUGGGGUUACCAUGCUGAAGAUCCCUUGACUCAAAUGCUUCACCGCCUUGUCGAAAUUCACGAAACCCAUGAACCAGAAGUCGUGUCCGUCCACCGUCACGACUUGAAUAUACUUCUCCGGCGGCGGAUUCUUCUCCCUCAUCACCACAGGAUUCACUCCGACGAUCUUGUUCAGCGGCACUGCAACCUUGUAGUAGCUCCAUGUCUCCUGACCGGAUGGCGCGGCAACGGACAGAGGCCUGUCGCUGCAGAAGGCGGCGUGGAUGUUAGAGAGGUACAGAGUUCCCGCAACAGGGCCGGUGGCGGUGGAGAGGUAGCAGGUGAAUCGCUUCUUCAGCUUCUCGUUGGGGUAAGUGGUGAAAGUCUGCUUGUACAGGGAUUCGAAUCCGCCUUCGGAGAUAGCCUUCGCCGUCAGAUUCAUUUUGCCCCAAGCUGCUCCCGAGACAGAGGAAUUCGUCUUCAGGUUGUUCCAGAUGUUGUUGCCCAGUGUCUCAGCUUUGUUGGUCCAUGAAUUGAAGACAUGGAGAAUGGAUUCCAUGGGACUGCCGGCGGGUUUCUCCGCCGGAGAAUAGACCAAGUAAGGAUGUUGCUGUUGUUGAUGAUGAGCAUUGUUGUACUGCUGCUGCGGAUCAGGCGGAGUAGUAUUAGCCACCGUAGAGCUGGUUGCGCCCCAGAAGGCAGCGGCUUUCUGGUUGUCCGGGUGGGAAGAAGGCGCCGCCGGGGCACCCAUCACGUAAGUCCCCCAUUGCUCCGCCGGAGAUGCUGCUGCCGCCGUCGGCUGCUGAUGAGCUUGAGAAACAGGGGCUGGUGAAGAGGUUGAGGAUGACGAUGAAUGAUUAAGGGGCUCUGUAGCGAAAGGAUUGAUCAUUUUGUUUGCUUUGGGUCAACGCAGAUGGAGAUGCUAAAGCAAUUAAAAUGACUAGUCCAUCCCAGCUCCUUCUGGUCUUUGUUUAUACUGUAAACCAACGCCAAUGAGGCAAGUGUGCCUGCUGAACAAGGGAAGGUUGCUAUGUUGGCGUAUAGGACGAUGACAUGUGUACGUUCUUAGAUUUGAUAAAUGUUUAUAGGGGUCAGGUUCACGUGUGGACUUUUCACAUUGUUCUAGCUUCCUUCUAGGUUACUUA